AUGAUCGGCCUCCUCUGCUGCACCUUCGGCAUCGAUCGGUUGGGCACGAGAUAUAUCAUGCACGGAGCCAAGCUCUCUCGCCAGCUCGGCCUUCACCAGGAGUCCUCGACGUAUUUUCAACCCCUACCGGGCGAUAAUAUGAUCUCGAUGAUGAAGGCCCAUAAGAUGCUUUCAUGGGCCAUCUUUGAUGUUCAGGCAUUGGCCUCCCAGGUGUACCGAAAGACGCCCGCGUGGCCGCAACCGCCACUGGUGAGAUUGUCGGAAGAGGAGGCCACGAUACUCGACGAGGGCAGAGAGUGGAGCCCAUAUCCGUUCCGCACUCCGGUCCAUCUCCCGUUCUUCUAUACGGCAGCCAGGAUCCGCAACGAGCUCGUCGCCGUCGUGAACGAGAUCGCCUCGGUUGCCCUCAGUUUCCCCGACGCCGCUCGACGGGAUGACGUCUGGGAUUAUGGUUAUGUUCUCUAUCAUCGGCUCGUCAAUUGGAGGGCCAACUUACCAUGGACCGUCAUGCCCCGACAUAACACGACCCCUCAUGUUCUGUGCCUCCACUUUUAUUUCCAAGCGACGCUCGUAUCAUUGUGCGGAAUCUAUCUGACCAAUUUUGACUCCGUUCCCCCGGAUGCUCGGUGGGAUCCUCAGGACGCCAAGGACCAGGCUAUGAACACGAUUGGGUCACUCGUGCUUCUGUACCGACAUAACCACGGAUGGAAAUCGGUCCCGAUCGUGAUGCUGCAUUAUUUCUGUCUAGCCGGGGUUGACUCGAUCUCCAAGUUACAUCCUCGAGACCCCAAAUGGGGGCUCGUCCUGGAAAGUUGCGUCGUCGGGCUCUGGCACAUGAGUUUGGGUUGGGGCCGACUCUGCACGGCAUUCCUUCGCACAAUCGAGCUCGUCGUGAAAGCAACUCGACCCGAGCCCACUCUCGUCCCGCCCAAGGUGCAUGCCAUCUUCCAGCAGCUGAACAGCAGUCGGUGGACUACCAAGGAUGUUUCAUCGCUGGCCGCGGACUACAUGGUGCACCACGUCCCUAAUGUUGCGGGAACAUCAGGAAGCUCUCCUGCCGGUUCUCGCGCCCAAUCUUUGGAAAGUCUCAUUCUAUCGCUGGAAGGCUUGUCCAUGCAGUGA